AUGUCCCCUCGAGCAAUCAAGUUUCUGUUCGGGUAUCUCGAAACAGGCAGCUGGAUCGACGAUGCCACCAUCCCAUCUCGUCAUCCUGCAUACAAGUCUCUCAUGGGCCCAAGGAAACGCGUACAUCGCCACUACUAUCCCUGGUUCUUUGUGAUCCAGGCGAUAUAUCCUAGUACUACUGGCGUUAGGAGGCUAUGCGAAAGUUUCUCCGCGUUUUGGGGUCUCAGAAUUAAUCCAACAACAGCAUUCUAUCCUUGUCUCCAGGACUCCAAGCGAGAGUACGCUCUCAUCAAGGGUGUAAAGCCUCGGAAAGUUGCGCCUCAUGCUACCUCUGUGCCAGCCCAGCAUUUCGGGGGGGCACCUACCGAGUCUUCUGCAGUGCCUGCCCAGCAGUCCAGCAACCAACAAACUGCUGCCACAACUGCUGCCGCCCAGCCAGACACUCCCAGUAGCAGCAAUCCCCUCAACAACUACGAGGAACAACUGACCAGUAUUCGAGGCGACUUUGAGCGACGCCUCUCAGAGUUCCAGAACCAGCUUCACAAAGACGCCAUCAGAAGUUAG